GGAGCUGCUUUUCCAUAUCUCUAUGGAAAAUAGCAAACCCCAAGGCUAGAGCUGGGUGAAUGCCGCCUUUCCCUUUGUUCUUCCUCAUCUACCUCUCCACUUCACUUUCUUCUUCCUCAUCUUCACUAUUAUGUUCCAUUCACUUUUCACUCUCUUCGAUUCGUCCUGGAUUUAGUGGAGAAGAGCGUGCAAGGAGAUGGGAAAAGAUGGGAAGGCGUUUUAAUUGAAAUCCUUUCCCGAGGUUUGGUAACUCAUAUUGUAUUUGUAUGGAUCCAUCGCCUCCAGGAAAUCGCUUCUUCCAGUGUAUGGGAGUGGAUACCUAAUCGAUUUGACAAAAUUAUUCGGUUGUUGUUGCAUCCGAUGGGUGGGUAGAAGCUGUAUAAAUUAGAAGUAAAUUGAAGAGGUAGGAAGAUGAGAAUGGCGGGGUACAGCGAAGAAGGAGGAGCGGGUUCACGCUACGUGCAACACCACCAUCAUCAUCAUCAACUUCUGAAUCCGGAACUGCAUCUGGACACGCCCUCCUCCUCCUCUAUUCCAUUUCCUCAUCCUCAUCUAUUCAACCAUUCCAAUCACUCCGAUGAUGGUGAUGAUAAUAACGAUACUAAUAAUACUACUAAUCCCUCUCAAAACCAACACGCCUCCCUUCGCCGCCCUCGUGGCCGUCCUCCUGGAUCCAAAAACAAGCCCAAACCUCCCAUUAUCCUCACUCGCGAUAGUCCCAACGUCCUCGGCUCUCAUGUCCUCGAGGUCUCCGCCUCCGCUGAUAUCGUCGAUAGUCUCUCCAAUUACGCCCGCCGCAGAGGGAGAGGACUCAGCAUCCUCUGCGGCACUGGUACUGUCGCCAACGUCACGCUCCGUCAGCCAUCUGCCUCUCCUACGGCUAGCGUCAUCACUCUUCAUGGCAGGUUCGAGAUUCUCUCCCUCACGGGCACUGUGCUUCCCCCGCCAGCUCCGCCGCAGGCAGGUGGACUGUCUAUAUUCCUAGCCGGGGCACAAGGGCAGGUGGUUGGAGGGACGGUGGUGGGGCCCUUGGUGGCUUCGGGGCCGGUGAUUUUGAUGGCGGCGUCAUUCUCCAACGCUGUGUUUGAAAGGUUGCCUCUGGAAGAAGAGGAGGAAGGGGGAGUGCAAGUUCAACCGACGGCGUCGCAGUCGUCGGGAGUGACCGGAGGCGGACAGAUGGGGGAGGGCGGUGGGAAUGCAAACGAGGGGAGCGGCGGCGGAGUUGGGUUCCUGGGCAACAGUACAAUAGCGGGAUAUCCUCCGUUUGCAGGGGAUUUGUUUGGUUGGGGAAGUGGAAGUGGAAGUGGGAAUGCCACAAAGCCUCGUCAGUUCUAAUGUUUAAUUAAAUGGGGAUUAGGGUUUUUAGUUUAAUAUAAUAUGUGGUGUUGUGUGGAAUGUUGUAAUAAUUAAUGAAGAAGAAGAGGAAGAAGAAGAAGAAGAAGAGGAAGAUGUGGAGGCGGUGAGUGAAGAUAGGAGAUGAGCAUUGAUGGAAUGAAUUAGUUGAUCUCCUUUUCCAUUCCAGGUGCUUUGCUUUCUCUUCUUACUUCCACACUUCUCUUCAAUAUUCCCAGAAGUAAGGGUUUUGGAGUGUCCAUUUCAUUUACACACAAUUUGGUUGCUUCUUUGUUUUUGCUGUCA